AUGGCUUUUGAGCUCCCGGGCAUCACCGUCGCGUCCAUCCAGUCCGCUGUCCUGGCCGCGACGUCGAAUCUGCUGGCACAGAUCAUCACCGCUUACCGCCAUGAUACACCGCUUGUCAUUGAUUGGGUACCCGUGUUUCAGUUCACGCUGUUCAACUUCCUGAACACGCACCCCAACGUGCUGUGGCAGGAGUUCCUGGAGAGCACCUGGCCGGCGUACCACGCGUCGCCGACGCCGGAGGCGGUGGCGACGGCUUCCAAGGGCGACGACAAGGCGCUGGAGCGGUCGGCGCGCGAGGGCCGGCUGGUGGAGCCCAAGCUCAACAUCGCCAACACGCUGAUCAAGACGCUGCUGGACCAGACCGUUAGCGCCGCCUUCAACACCAUCGUCUUCAGCCUCUUCAUGCACAGCGCCAACCAGGCCAUGGCCCGCCCCCUGGGCACCCCGCUCAGCACCCCGGACCAGAGCGUCAACUUCCUGCUAGCCAAGGGCAGCAUCGACUACAGCAAGGUCGACUGGGCGAGCGUCCAGGCCAAGAGCUACGCCGAGUUCUGGCCCCUGGUCUACGCCGGCUGGAAGCUGUGGCCUUUCGUCAGCCUCGUCAACUUCGCCUUUGUCAAGACCGUCACUGGGCGCAACCUGGUUGGCAGUCUGGCCGGUGUGGGUUGGAACAUCUACUUGAGUCUGUUCGGCGGCCAAUAA